AUGUUGAUGACCGUGGUGACCUUCAUUGUUUGGCGUUCCAAGAGCCGAAUCUUCGUCGACAUCCUUUGCAUGGAGCAGCACAAUCCCAAACUCAAGGCAGGGACGUCACACCUGACCCACCGGUAUGGGACAUCAGAGGGGGAGCUUUUCAAGGAAGAUCCAGCCGAAGGCCUCUUGAACAUUGGCGGCAUCCUCAAGCACUCGGAAUCGUUGCAUGUCUUCUGGGACCACACCUGGAUUUCCAGGCUUUGGUGUGUCUUUGAGCUGGCUGCCUUCCUGAAGUGUCAAGAAGGGAAGGAAGGAAACGCGAUGCCAAUCUUCAUUCGACCGGUCACUUUGGGGCCUUGCUCGAUGAUGAUCUUCUUCGCCUGCUUCUUCACCUCCAUCGGCAAUCUGAACACUCCCUUCCUCGAUUCAGCCCCCCUUUUGGGCAUGGUCGUCUUGACGGUCAGUGGCAUGGCCUGUUGGAUUGCUGCCAUCCGCUUCCUUCGGGCACAUUGGGCUUCCUUGGAGUCCACCUUGGAUCAGCUUAGUUCGUUCAAGCUGGAGAAAACCAGCUGCUUCUGUUGCACCAAGGGACACCAGCAAGAUAAUGGUGCGAUGAUGGUUUGUGAUCGACAGGUCAUCAUGCACUGCAUCACGCAUUGGUUUGAUUCAAUUGAAGCCUUCGAAGAGACAGUGAAGACGGAGAUCUCAAAGGCCAUGCGACAGCAAUUGGGCCAUGCCUUCACGAGCUACAGCUGGCUGGUGCUUGUUGGUCUGCCAUUUCAUUGGAUGAAUAUGGACCAGAUCGCCACGCGCCUACGCUGCGGCAACGUGAGUGGUGCCGCGGUGGUCGGCGUCAUCAACCUCACUUGGUGCCUCUUUUCGGUGCCCUGGAUCUUGCGCACCACGGUGAUGGCCACCUAUCUUUGCCGCCGACGUCGUUCAAACUGGAUUUCUGAGCAAUUGGUGAACCUCGGCCUGUACUUGCUCAUCACCUUCUUCGCCGCAUUCAUUCUCGCCUUGCAGCUGCUAGCGACUGAGUUCCCAGAUCUCGUCCAAGGAAGCGUGUUCUUUGUCGCUGUGAACCUCUUGAUCUUUUCCUUGGCAACUUGUCGCUGUCAAGACUGGGCUAGAGAUGCCGGCUGA